CGAAUGGCUGCGACGGACAGAGCUGCUCCGCGGAGUGAGCGCAGCUGUUGCCGGUUGAGCCAGUGUGGGAGCUGGAGCCCGAGUUCGGCCGGGACAUGGAGUGAAAUGGAAGGGAGGCAGCAAGCAGGAAAACUAGUCCAUUUACUUGAACGUUGAUUAGUGUUGGAAGUUCUCUGAGUCCCUUAUGCCACUGCUCACUAAUUUUUGACAGAAUUUAAAAGUGUGACGAUAUUGAUAUCAAGCCAAAGGUAAAAAUGGCUGGAAAUAGCCUGGUGUUGCCUAUUGUGCUGUGGGGCCCCAAAGCUCCAACACAUUGCAUUUCAACAUUACUGGUGAUGGAUGAUUUAGCAACCAUUGUUACAGGAUGUCAUGAUGGGCAAAUUUGUCUCUGGGAUCUAACUCCAAAAAUAGAGAUCAUUCCAAGGGCUUUGCUGUUUGGCCACACAUCAUCUAUCACUUGCCUUUCUAAAGCUAAUGCCAGCACUGACAAACAGUAUGUUGUUAGUGCAUCUGAAAGUGGAGAGAUGUGUCUUUGGGAUGUGAAUGAUGGACGAUGUAUAGAAUUUACUAAAUUGGCAUGCACGCAUACUGGCAUACAAUUUUAUCAGUUCAAUGUUGGAACUCAACGUGAAGGAAGACUGCUUUGUUAUGGACAUUAUCCAGAAAUUCUUGUUGUUGAUGCCACAAGUCUGGAGGUCCUUUAUUCUUUGGUCUCCAAGAUUUCUCCUGAUUGGAUUAGUUCACUGAGCAUUAUACGUUCACUGAGAACACAAGAGGACACAGUGAUUGGAGUUUCAGUAACUGGAAUCUUAAAGGUGUGGAUUAUUACUGCUGAAAUCAGUCGAAUGCAGGAUACUGAACCAGUCUUUGAAGAGGAAUCCAAACCCAUUUACUGUUUGAAUUGUCAAAGCAUUUCAUUUUGCACAUAUACACAGCGAUCACUACUGGUGGUUUGCUCCAAAUAUUGGAGGGUAUUUGAUGCUGGAGACUUUUCCUUGUUAUGCUCAGUAUCCAGUGAGAGUGACCAGUCGUGGACUGGGGGUGAAUUUGUAGAUGCUGAUAAGGUUGUUAUUUGGACUGAAAAUGGGAGUAGCUUUAUCUACCAACUACCUUCAAGCUGUUUACCAGCCAGUGAAUCAUUCCGCAGCAAUGUUGGCAAAGCAAUUGAAAAUUCCAUUCCACCUCUACUGUAUAAUGUUUCUGACAGGAAGGAUAAAUCUAAUAUCCAGCAGAUAGAAUAUGGGUAUAUGGGGGAGGCAGUUGUCCACGUUCCUCAUGAGUGUUACCCCGACCCUGUAAAGGCCUGGGAACUCUACAGACCUCAACUGUUAUCUUGCACUCGGCCUUUUGAGGCUCCACUUCUCAUCUGCCCUCCUGUUACACGAUUCUUCUAUGGUCGUAGGGAACCCUUCCAUAAACUGCUGAUUCAGGGAGAUUCAUCAGGGAGACUCUUGAUAUGGUGUAUUCCUGAAACAAUUGAUUUACUUCAGAAAGAUGUUCAAGAGUUGAAAGUCACCACUUCUUCAUGCUUGCAAGAUACAUUUGAUCAUCUGCUUCCAAGGCCUGCUGGAAUUAUAGAUCAGCUGAGUACACAGCCUGGCAAGGAGGAGCCUUUGAAAGUGACAGCCAGCGUUUAUAUUCCCUCUCAUGGACGUCUGGUAUGUGGUCGUGAAGAUGGCAGUAUUGUUAUUGUACCAGCCACCCAAACAGCUAUUGUCCAGUUACUGCAAGGAGAACACAUGCUGAGAAGAGGUUGGCCACCCCACCGAACACUUCGUGGUCAUCGAGGCAAAGUGACCUGUCUGUUGUACCCACACCAGGUCGCAACACGGUACGAUCAGCGCUACUUGGUGUCAGGUGGAGUAGAUUUCUCUGUAAUCAUCUGGGACAUCAACUCGGGGGAAAUGAAGCAUACCUUUUGUGUCCAUGGUGGAGAGAUCACCCAAUUGGUAGUUCCACCAGAAAAUUGCAGUUCUCGAGUUCAGUAUUGUAUCUGUUCGGUGGCCAGUGAUCAUUCGGUGGGUCUUCUCAGCCUUCGAGACAAGAAAUGUAUAAUGUUGGCAUCAAGACACCUAUUUCCUAUUCAAGUUAUUAAGUGGAGACCUUCUGAUGAUUACCUGGUAGUCGGAUGCUCAGAUGGAUCAGUGUACGUCUGGCAAAUGGACACAGGUGCAUUAGACCGCUGUGUAAUGGGAAUAACCGCAAUAGAAAUCUUGAAUGCCUGUGAUGAAGCUGUUCCAGCUGCUGUAGAUACUCUGAGUCACCCAGCAGUCAACCUAAAACAAGCCAUGACUCGACGGAGCCUCACAGCUUUGAAACAUAUGGCUCACCACAAAUUGCAGACACUUGCCACCAAUCUUUUGGCUUCUGAAGCUGCUGAUAAGGGGGCUUUACCAAAGUACUCCCACAAUGCACUUAUGGUACAAGCCAUGAAGACGAAUCUGAUAGAUCCUGAUAUCCAUAUAUUAUUUUUUGAUGUGGAAGCACUGAUUAUCCAGCUACUAACGGAGGAAGCAUCCAGACCCAAUCCUACUCUUAUAUCUCCAGAGAGCCUCCAGAAAGCACCAGGCGGCACAGACAAGAGCAGUUCCUUCCUGACUGGGAAGAGAGCAGCAGUCCUUUUCCAACAGGUGAAGGAAACUAUCAAAGAGAACAUUAAAGAGCAUUUACUGGAUGAUGAUGAAGAAGAAGAUGAUGAUAUAAAGAGGCAGAAGAGGGAAGAAGGUGACUCUGAAUACAAGGGCAACAAAUCAAAGCCACUCACCUUGUUAGAGUAUAACUUAACAAUGGACACGGCCAAAUUAUUCAUGUCUUGCCUUCACGCUUGGGGUUUGAAUGAAGUAUUAGAUGAGGUUUGCCUUGUGCAGCUUGGUAUGUUAAAACCUCACUGCCCUGUAUCUUUUGGUUUGCUGUCAAGGGGAGGACAUAUGUCACUGAUGCUUCCUGGCUUUAAACAGACUGUUUCCAAGACACUAGAUGGUGCUAUCGAAACAGGAAAAAAGCCGAUUUUGGGAAACAGCACGUACAAUGUAUCCCGAGCAGUCACAACCCAACACCUGCUCUCUCUUAUUUCCUUAGCCAAUACAUUAAUGAGUAUGACCAACGCUACUUUCAUCGGCGAACAUAUGAAAAAACUGCCACAAAGACCACAGAAACCAAGCACCCUGGAGAUGACUAAAGGGAAACCUUCCCCUCCAGUCUUCACUGCUGUACAGGGACAGAUCAAACAAGCUGCUGUUGCUGCCAAUGAGGCUGACUGCUCUGGCACUGUUUUACAUAGCUGCCCCUCAGUAAAUGAAGGCUGGAGUCAACUUGCAGCCAUGCAUUGUGUCAUGCUUCCUGAUCACCUUGGACAGAGCAAUUUUAGACCUCCACUUCUGGAGAUGUUGGCUCGGAGGUGGCAAGAUCGGUGUUUAGAGGUGAGAGAAGCUGCUCAAGCUUUACUGUUAGCAGAGCUUCGCAGAAUUGGGAAAGAAGGACGAAAAGAAACAAUAGACAUUUGGGCACCAUACUUGCCACAAUAUGUUGAUAAUGUUAUGUCACCUGGUGUGACAACAGAAACUAUUCAAGCAGUUAGUGGAAGUUCUGAUUUACAAGGGGCAGACACCAAAGUUCAAGAAGAAGAACCUGACCUAGCAGAUGAUGACAUUAGUGCAGGCUGUUUGCCCGGUUUUCUUGCAUAUAUGAAGAAAUCAUCAUCUUCCUUUGAGGAACGGCGUAAACAGGCUACAGCCAUUGUCCUCCUGGGUGUCAUCGGAGCAGAAUUUGGUGCUGAGAUUGAACCACCAAAAUUGCCAACUAGGACUCGUAACACCAGUCAGGUUCCAGAGGGGUUUGGACUGACCAGCGGAGGUUCCAAUUAUUCUCUAGCAAGACACACCUGCAAGGCUUUGACAUUCCUGCUGCUACAGCCACCCAGCAGUAAGCUUCCAGCACAUAGCACAAUCCGCAGGACUGCCAUUGAUUUGAUUGGUCGUGGCUUUACCGUGUGGGAGCCCUAUAUGGAUGUGUCAGCUGUGCUGAUGGGACUUCUAGAGCUCUGUGCUGAUGCUGAAAAACAUCUUUCCAACAUUACAGUGGGACUACCACUCAACCCAGCAGCUGACUCUGCCCGCUCAGCACGUCAUGCUCUUUCACUCAUUGCCACAGCCAGACCGCCAGCCUUCAUUACUACUAUUGCACGUGAGGUUCACAGGCACACAGCUUUGGCAGCCAAUACUCAGUCCCAGCCAAAUGUACACACCAGCACUUUGGCUCGUGCAAAAGGUGAAAUACUCCGUGUGAUUGAGAUACUAAUUGAAAAAAUGCCCACAGAUGUUGUGGAUCUUCUAGUAGAGGUUAUGGACAUUAUCAUGUAUUGCCUCGAAGGGCCUUUGGUCAAGAAAAAGGGACUUCAAGAAUGUUUCCCAUCAAUUUGUCGGUUCUACAUGGUGAGCUACUGUGAGAGGAGUAACAGAAUAGCAGUUGGAGCUCGACAUGGCUCAAUGGCUUUGUACGAUAUUCGCACAGGAAAAUGCCAGACCAUUCAUGGCCACAGUGGGCCAAUAACUGCAGUAUCAUUUGCUCCUGAUGGACGAUAUUUAGCCUCAUAUUCCAAUGCUGACAGUCACAUCUCUUUCUGGCAGAUGAACACUUCACUGUUGGGAAGUAUUGGCAUGUUGAACUCAGCCCCACAACUCCGAUGUAUGAAAACCUACCAGGUGCCUCCUGUUCAUCCUGCUUCUCCAGGUUCACAGAAUGCACUGAAACUGGUGCGUCUGAUCUGGACCUCCAACCGCAAUGUCAUCCUCAUGGCACACGAUGGGAAAGAGCAUCGAUUUAUGGUUUGAAGCCACCAUCAAAAUCACAAGAAAAUAAUAGACAAGUAAAAAUAUAUAUGUUGUUUGCAAUGCUGGUUAAUGUUUACAUUGAAUUACUUAUGUGUAGAUUUGUUUUCAUGAAGUUUAUAAUUUGCAAUGUCAACUUUCUGUGGGUUUUUGUGAACAGGCGAAAUGACUGCCCAAUAUUUGAACCUAGAUAUUUACAUAUUCCAGUCAUCAAUGAUUUAAGAAUUUUUUUAGGUUUGCACAUCAUUCCCUCUCUAUUGUGAUUCUAAGUCCAAUUUACCAGAAUAGAAGUUUCAACAUUGCAGUUGUUUGUAUGAAACGCAUCUCAUACAUCUGAUUAAAACUUGGUCUCUCCUCAAAGGUGUGAAGAAAAGGCACAGUGGAAGAUAAGAAGGGCCAAAGUUAGGGAAUUUUUCCUCACCAAGAGUAGUUGGACUGAGAAAACAGUUCAUUAAGUAUCAUCGUGAUGGUGCAGUUACUUUAGAUACUGGUUUUUAGCUGAAGAUUUCAAAUGAGCAAAGGCAUCGGCCAAACAGUUCUGUUAGAAGUGAGCAAGCUUUCAAUGCCAUUUCUAUCAAUGGUUGAGCACAUUAUGAUACUGGCAAAUUCUGUCAAAGAGCUUGAAGUGGUAUACAAUAUGGAUGCACUUAGGUGUAUUCUUGUAAGCUUGGAGCAGAAAAAAAGGGGGUCAUAAUUCUGCAUUUUGUAAUGCUGUCUCUAGCUGAGGAGAUUUUAGUAUAGACAAUGAGUAAGUAACCAAGAUGGGAAUAUUCUUCACUUCCAAUGACUGGUAAAUAAUGAUUUCAUCCAGUCUUUUACUUUGGCAUCCUCCUGCAACAUGUUCCUCCAAUUAUAAUGUUACUCUCAUACAUAAAUCUGUAAGUUGCUUCACUGAUAAAGUUGAUAAUUUGGAUCUCACCACUAUUGACUCCUAAGAAUAGUUUGGUAGCUGUUUCAUCCAUAUUGUGAGCUGUAUCAUCCCACUGGCAAUGUACCUUCUCGGUGUUCUUAGUCGGGAAACACUAUUAACAGAUAUGAGCUAUAGCCAACACUGAAGCAAAGCUCCUUGGCAACUGAACACAAAAUUGAAAGUUCUGUUAUUUGAUGUAUGAUAAUAUAUGGAAAUUAAAAUCUGAACUAGUUAUCUUAUUUGAUAUUAGAAUCUGACCUUAGUUGUAAUUUUAAUCAGUUCCAAUAAGGAUAUAGUUACUGCAGCUUUUAUUUUCUUUUAAAUUCUCCUUAUCAAAACCCUUCAUAAUUUUACAAGAUCGCCAUUUGACUUCUUCUAAUAAAAUGAAACCCAGAUGCUCAUAAGCAAUCUUUCUCAUUCUUGGAUUAAUUUAACAACAUCCUAUGCAUUCUUCCAGUGCCUUUACAUUCUAUAUUGGGUGUGAUGCCCAAUCUAUGGCCAAACUGUGAUUUGCAUAGAAAUACUAUUAAUUCUGUAGUAUAACGUGGCUUUAUUUAUAAAAAUUAUGAACAUUUUUUGCAGCGUUAUAAUCUUGUACUAACAGAAUGAGUUUUCAAACUGAUGAAAGAGCAAAUAUUAGAUUCUUUUUAUUUCUAAAAAGAUAAGUUUAUGAAUUAAAUAUUCAGUAGAUGAUAUUCUUUUGUUUGUAUAUUCUCUAUAUACAAAACCAUCCACAUUUUGCAUUAAAUGUUGAUUUUGUUAUUUUUCUCCAUUCACUGUUCUCUUUCCAAACUGUGUUCAUAUGUUCAUUUUCAUGCAGCUUCAGAUACAAAUUUAUCCACCAUUUGAAAAAGCAUACUUGUAAUUUAAGUUUGUGGCAUUUAGUGGCUUAGUUACAAUUGACUUCUCCUUUCCUGGGUUAAAAAGGAGAAACUGAGCCAAGAUUCCCACUUCUGAAUAUUGUCAGUGACCCUGUGUUGAUUAUGUAAGCUCUGAUGAGAACCCACUUCGGCUUCGGCUAAGAUGACACUGGGCAAAAUAGCCUGGUGAUAUUCUCUCUCCAGACCACCUUGUAAAGAAUCACUACAAGAGCAUGGUUGACUGAUGCCUCUGAAAGUAGAAUCCAGCAAGAUCAAAUAUCUUCAGGAGAUGGGAGAAACAUAGCAACAACAAGGAAAAGUAUGUUUUAAAAAAAUCAAAUAGUGCUUACAAAUUGUAAAUUAUAAAAUGCACCUGGAUGACUAGAUUCCAAAGACCGCAUAAGGAAAUUAAAACAUAUUUUAUUUGCUUUAUCUUUUCCAAAGACCAUAGUUGUCUUUGGAUGAAAGUAGACUUAAAGCUCCAAUAAUCAAAUGUGAAUAACUAAUUGCUACCCUUUUUGGGGAGAGUUAAGUGGCAUCUUUUUAGAGUGUGUUGGCUCUAAGGUGAUGUAGCUGGUGAAAUAAGGUUGAAAUCAUUUCAGUCCUCUUUGGCAGUCAUACAAGUUGAUACCUUUUGACAAACAUGGUGGCCUGGUCUGACAAGCUGUGGGACAUUUACUGGUAAUAUUUGCUUAUAAGCACCAGUAUCUUAUCUGGUUAAAUUUUAGCAUUAAAUCUGCAGAUACAUGGGCAUCCAAAGCUUUGACUGUUGCCAACCUAUACCCAAGGUCUCAGCACAAAAUAAAUGGGGUGCCUUCCCUGAGGUAAGGAAGGUCCACUCCAUCAAUGAUAGAUAAAAGUUACUCUCACGUAAAUUUCUCAGUGGCAUGGUUUGAAAAAAGCUCAAUGGUCUGCUACUGUAUAUACUGUAUCUCUUACCCAGCUCACUGAAAAACAAGUAGCAAAGUCAGAGAAUUGAAAGGCAUAACUUGUAAAAUUUUCACCUCUGUGUUCAGUGCCUUUUUGACUGCAGUUUAGAAGGAUAAUGGGAUAGAGAUAAAGACAAUACUUUGUUGAAAACCUUCAUUAUAAGUUAAUACUUUUUAAAAAAAAGACAUCAUAAGUGAACAUAUCUGGGUUUACUCCCAAAGCAUGCUUAUUAGGCAAUUCUAUGCACCAGAUUUAAUUGCCUUCCUAAUAACUAUGUCAAUGCAAUAGAUGCACCAAGAUUAUAAUGAAGUUUACAUUUAUAGGUAUUUUAGGAGUAAAAUCAAAUGGCCACUCAAACCAUUAGUAUAGUAAUUUAUCAGAAAUAAUGGUGACUGGCUUAAAUAAUGACCACUUAAUACAGUGUACAGGUGAAAACCACAUAAGGGGGACAUUGCUUUGGUAUUAUUCUUUGUUUUUAAAAAGACCACAUGUGAAUUGUAAUUCUUGCUGAAAAUGUAUAUUUUUGAGGAAGCAAAAUUCUGCUCUGCUGAAGUCUCUGAAAUUGAUUGUGAGUUGGUAGAUUUGGCUUAUAUAAGCUCUACAUGUUUAAUGUUGCUUUGCUAUGAGGCUAUUGCCGAUAUAUUAUUGUGCUGUGCUGAUCUUGCAAUACAAUGACCAUCUUAGGCAAUUUACAUUGAUUGAAUGUUUCUAUUGUAGAUUAUAUCUGUGUGCAAUCAUAGAGGUGCAAAGUUGGAGUUGGGGCCCACUUUGACUUUUACUCAUUCAGGUCUUCUCAAAUGCCCUGAACCUAGAAACAGAGUUUUCCAGUUAUUCAGUGUUUAUUGAUGAAGAGAGAGAGCUGACAUAAAGAUUCAAGUCAAUCUGAAUUCAGGAUUCUGUAACAAAAUAAUUAAUUUUAUUUCAAAGUUGUAGAAUCUUUUACCGCUUUUGGUGGAAUUUUGUCAUUUCCAUUUCUCCCUAUGCUUGAAGAUUUAUAUUGUAAACUCAGAAGCUGUGGUGUCCUGAACUAAAUUGACUUUCCUCAUAAACAGUAUUUACUGCCAACCACUAAUAGCCAUUCUCUUUAAACUCAUGCAAAAUCUCUUCCAUUAUCAAUACGCAAUUUCUUCCAGAUUACAAUUAAAAAUAAACUGAGUAGUAUUACAGUUUGUUGCUAUCAGACAAUGUAAUGUGUGGAACUUAACAUGUAACUUGCAUUAUUUUCUGUUUGAAAUUAUCUGUCCAAAACUCAGAAGUGUUCCUGAAUUGAUAAGUUUUUGUUUGCCUUGCAUUCAAAUGUGGUGCAAUUAUUAUAUUUAUUUCGAUCAUAAUUAUUGUUCCAAGAACAUCAAAGUGAUAAUAGCAAUCACCAUGUUUCUUGUAUAGAAUUGUUAGAUUUUGCAGCAAAGCUGUGGACCAUUUGGUCUUCCAUGCUUAGCUCAAAGAAAUGUCCACUUAAUUCCAUUCCUAUGUCCUUUUUUAAUAUUAAUACCAUUUCAUUUCCAAGGCUGUUUUGAUUUACAUAUACAAAGCUCUUUGGCAUAGGGCAUUUCAUAUGCUAAUAACCCUCCAGAGUUUCAUUUAAACCUGUCCAAACCCUUGGAUAUAUUCUAUAAUUACCUUAAAUGUAAGCCAUAUAUAGACAAGAAAUGAUAUCAGAACAUUCAGGAAAUAAUUAGUAUUAUCUGACAACAGAUAUUUUGUACAUUAAAUACAACCAAACAGAAUUUUUAAUUUCUCCAAUCUGUUCGUUUUAAGGGAGAUUAUCCUUUUAAUGCUGAAUUGCAUCACAUCCUACUUAAAUCCAAUCGAAUGCCUUGGAAAAGACAACAGCAAAGGGAAUAAUACAAGGUCAACUCGCAUUUUGCGAGUUAAAGUUAUAAAACUUGGUGGGUUACAAAAGUAAUAUUAAAAUGGAACUUAUUCUUCUCCCACCAAUCAAUAUGGAAUACUUUUGCAUUGAGGAAAUACACACAACUCAUUGACACUCCUUUCUGUUAAUAAAAAUCUUGGUGUAAACUAUUAGAAAAAUAUAAAUAAGGAAGUUUUUUCAUAUAUCCAAUUACUUCCCACUGCUCCCUAUUCCUUAAGAUUACAAAAAUGUUCAUUUCAGGGAAAGCUUGUAUAUGAAUGUCAGUUAAUUGGAACUAAAGCUGUGGCCAAUUUAAUAUUGUAGCUUUUGGGGUCAACAAUGCUUCUUGGAAGUUUUGUGUAAUCCUGAGUAAAAAUCAGCCUGGCUUAGUGACCAAAUAUUGCGCAGUAAUUUCAUUCAGACUGAUUCAGUUCAGAAUUAUUGUGUUUCCAAUUUUGGUGAGUACUACUGCAAAACUUGUAUUGUUGAUUCCAUGUAUUCCACAACUUAGUCAGCUCCACAUCUGGAUUGAUCCUUUGUAUACUCAAUAAGGAAUUAUCUGGCUGAGGCUUUUCUCUUCAUUUGGUGGUAAAACAAAUUACAUGAUAUUUGUAAAAUUCCUCUAAAUAGCUGUAAAUGCCUGUGUUUGCAAUGUAAUGUAAUUACUUCGCAACAUAUCCUAACAUGUUGCUUUUUGUUUCUGUAACAACAGCCAUGUGUCUAA